AUGUUGGCGGACAACCUCGACCUUUUGUUGGAGGUACUCUCCCUGCUUCCAACACGAUCCCUGAUCAGAUUCAAAAGUGUUUGCAAGCGAUGGCAUUUGGUCAUCUCAGAUCCGUAUUUUAUCAAAAUACACACAAAUCGUUGCAAUCCUUAUGCCAUGUCAGGUUUUAGAUUUUCAAAUCAAGAGGUUGAUCGUUGUUACUUGCUUGGAGGUGCACAUGCUUCUGCAUCAGCAUCAGCAUCAGCAUCAGCAUCAGCAUCAGCCCCAGAUCUCUUCUCCCUUUCUAUCCUCAAAGAUGAUGCUGAAAGCUUGAAAGUUGUUGGUAACUACCGUCUUUAUUGUUGCCGUUCUUUCUAUGGUUUACUCAUUUGCCCACUUAUGCUGAGCCGAUCUGAGUUAGUAUAUGAGUUCAUCUACAUAUUCAAUCCUGUGACAAAACAAUUCAAAAGAAUUCCUUAUGUUGACCCAGAACGGUAUUUUUCAGAUAUCAUUCUCACUCCUGAUCAUAAAGUCAUAAUGUUUUCAACUCAUUUCAUCCAUUACAAUGAUGCUGAUAUUAGAAUGUAUAUCCCAGACACUCAAUCAUGGAAGACCUUAUAUUCAUUUGGAUAUCAUAAAAAAUCUCGAAAUUUUGAAUCAAUCUUUAUCAAAAGAAAAGGAAUAUUUUUGAAUGGAACAGUUUAUCAGGUAAUGGAAUCUGAGACCAUACCUGAGACAACCCUCAAAUUUCCCUUUUGCCGCAAACUUUACAUAUUCUCUUUCAACUUGGAAAGUUUGUCAGCACAAAAACUACUACUUCCUCUUGAUUUUUAUCAAGAAAAUCUAUAUUUUGGAGAGAUCCAAGGUCAUUUGCACUUGAUUAUGCAACAGAGCAUAUUUGAUUUUGUUUUUCAUAUAAUGGAGAUCAAAGAAGACUUUUCUGGAUGGAAUUUCUUGCAUUGCAUUGAUCUGAUCAAUUUUAUGAGAGAUAUACAUCCACAAAUAGAAUAUAGAGGACAAGAGCAAUAUUUAUAUGGACUUUCACCGAUACAUGUAGCUUUGGGAGAAAGAGAAGAAGACUAUGAGUUGUUCUUAACGUUGGUUAUUCCCAGAUAUUGGCCUGCAUACACAUGCGGCCUUACUAAAAUUUUUUCAUACAAUAUUGUCAGUAACACCUACCGGGAAAUACAGGAAGUUUCAAACGAAGAAGAAGGGCGUUAUGAAGGGUAUUAUGGAGCUUUUCGUAUCAAGACAUAUUAUCCCAUGCUAACCACUCCAUGA